AUGAGUUUGUUCAACAGAUUCAAAGAUGCCAUCUUGAAAGAGCAAGAUGAAGAUGUAGCACAAACCACCGAGUAUAUCAACGCAUACCCUCCAAAGAAGCUAGCCCAGAUGGGGCUUGCUGUGACCAACUUGAAUAUUUCCAACAUGAGAACCGGAAUUGGAGGCAAGACUAUUUUGGAGAUGCAAUUGGACAAUGCUGUAGUCAGUGGAGAUCUCUCUACUACGUCGAUGAAAACGGGUGACAUUGUCAGGAUUGCCAAGAUGGCGAAAGGCGCCAAUGCUGAGCGAAAGAAGACCAAGAAAGAAGAGGAUGAGAAGCUGGAACAGGACGAAGCAAUUGAGGCGGUGGUAGUGAAAGUGUCCAACCUGACCAUUAUUCUCUCGAUAGAUGAAUCAACAGGCGAUGACAAAGUUCUCAACUACUACAACAACACCAACGAUUCAUCGCGUUUGUGGAUUGUUAAAUUGGCCAACUCAAUCACGUACAAACGUAUGAUCACCACCAUGAAUAAAGUGAUGGAGUUGAAAGAGAGCCAAAAGAAUGAUAUCCACAAGUUGCUUCUUGGUGAGAUUGAAUACACUCCUUUGGAUGGGAACUUGAAGAUUGAGUUUUUAAACCAUGGCUUGAACCCAUCGCAGAAGUCGGCUAUUGAUUUUGCAAUCAACAAGUCAAACAUUUCUAUAAUAUUCGGACCACCAGGAACAGGAAAAACUAUGACGCUAGUUGAGUUGAUACGGCAAUUGACGUCUCGCGGAGAAAAGGUCUUGGUAUGUGGCCCAUCGAACAUUUCAGUUGAUACAAUUUUGGAGAGACUUGGGAGUAGCAACCACUACUACAAAUCUGGUGAUUUGGUACGAAUUGGGCAUCCUGCAAGACUCCUACCGGUAAACUUAGAGCAUUCACUUGAAGUGCUAUCCAAGAGUUAUGGCCAAGAUGUGAUUAAAGAUCUCGAGAGUGAUAUUCAGUCUGUCUUGACAAAGAUUAAAAAGUGCAAGAGAUAUGCCGAGAGGAGGGCUUUGUACCAAGAGUUGAAAUUGUUGAAAAAGGAGUUGGUGCAAAGAGAGCGCAAGAUUGUGAAUGAAUUGCUCAAUGGGGCAAAAGUUGUACUAGCCACCCUACACGGUGCCGGCUCGUUUGAUUUGAAACGCAGUGGCGCCACAUUUGACACAGUCAUUAUCGAUGAAGUAUCGCAAGCGCUAGAGCCUCAAUGCUGGGUUCCCCUCUUGCUUAAUGCUAACUUCAAGCGCUUGGUUAUUGCCGGUGAUAAUAUGCAAUUGCCUCCUACUGUCAUGCUGACAGGAACCGCUACGGCGUCUCUUUUGGAAAAAACACUAUUCGAUCGACUAGUUGUAGAGCUAGAUGGAAACAAGUAUAAAAAGUUAUUGAAUGUGCAAUAUCGAAUGAAUGAUAGUAUUAUGAAGUAUCCCAGUCUGCAAUUGUACGAAGACAAGUUGAUUAGCGAUGAAUCAGUUAAAGAAAUAACCCUCACUGACCUCCCGGGUGUGGUCAACAAUGACGACACAAAUGUGCAAUGCUUAUGGUACGAUACACAGGGUGGCGAUUUCCCCGAGCAAAUUCUAGAGUCGAUCAAGGGUGAUUCUAAAUACAAUGAAAUGGAGGUACAAAUUGUCCUGGGCCACGUCAACAAGUUGCUUGAAAGCGGGGUGCAACCACAAGACAUUGGAAUCAUUGCACCCUAUGCAGCGCAAGUGCAGUUGUUGAAGAAACAAUUGGGACCCGACACGUUGAUCGAAGUGAGUACCGUAGAUGGCUUUCAAGGUCGGGAGAAGGAAGUUAUUAUCUUGACUUUGGUGAGGUCCAACGAUGAAAGAGAUGUCGGGUUCCUAAGUGAGGAGCGAAGGUUGAAUGUGGCAAUCACUAGGCCAAAGAGACAACUUUGCGUUAUUGGAGAUUUACAAUUGAUGCAUGACUCGGGGCACAAAUUCCUCCAGAGUUGGAGCAAGUACGUUGAGGAUGGGUUUGAAGAUGGCAAGUCGGUGAGGCCGUAUGAGAUCGUGUAUCCCAAUAUUGACGAUUAUGAAUAG